GGGUCUCCUCAGGGCGGCCCUCCCGCCCUCCCCGACUCUCCCGGUGAGCGUGGAGGGGAGGCACUGCUCCUCGGGCUGCCCACGCAUUGGCUACAGUGCAGCAGCUGUCUCUCUUUUGGGUACAGAAUGGAGAUCUUGGAUGAGUUUGACAACGAGUAUCCCCUCAAUGUAUCAUUUUGCAAGCUGAUUUCCUUAGAGGACUUUGAGGAGCAGUCUUUGUCCUACACUCAGCAAUGCCUGCAUGAACUGUACUCAAACAUGGAGCAGAACCCAAGGAUCUGUGAGAGGGCUCUGAGAAAGCAGAAACAGAUGGAGAAGGAAGAAGCUGGCUUGAUAUCUUAUUUGAAGGCCAAGAUUUUUCAGGGUCUGCAGGGAGAGCUGAAUUACUCUAACUAUAUGGGCAUUGCAGAGAUGAAAGAGAAAGUACUCCAGCUGAGACAAGACAUGCAGAGAGCAAACAACUAUGCUCGUGCUGCAAAGACUGGCAAAGGGCGACAUCCAAGGCAGUCACGGGGGAAGACGCACACUCUAGAAGGCAGAUUUAAUCGCCUUCACUCCAAGGUUCCUGAACCUCCCAAGUUCACCAUGGCCAGGGUCUUCGGUCCUUUUCCAGAAGUCAUGAAUAAGCAGGUGGACAGAGCUACAACUUCAAGCCCUGAUCUAAAAUACUGGUGGACUGGUCUAACAACAGUGAGCCAGAAAAGACUUCUUGGCAAUGCUCCCACGCCUUCUCAAAAUGCUGGCUCUACUGGCACUAAACCUGCAGCCUCUGUUUUUAACACACCUAUGUCAUGCAAGUUUCAAGGCGGUGCAGAAGAUGACACGGAUAGCGAGAAACCCAGCCCCAGUUCUUCUGCUAAGGAGGCAUAAAUGUCUCUUCUUACAUGGACAAACUUAUGCGAAUAAACACUCUGUGC